AUGGAUUCGAACUCAUUCCCAGACCCGCCGACAUUCAUCGACGGCCGAGCGGCGCUAUUACCGUUCCGCCCUGCAUCGACCCCAGCACGAUUCAUGCCAGCAAGGCCGAAUCGGCGAGGCGCAUCCGGCGUUUGGCCAGCUAGCCGUAUAGAGGAAGCUGCAGACCGAACCGACAGGAUCAUCCAUCAACUGUCGAUGCAGGCACUGACCUCGAAUUCCUACGAGGAGAUUUCGGCGAUCGUCGAACAACUGGAAGAGGAGUUGGACUGGUUUCGGGAUACAGUUCGAACUGAGGCUGCAAGUAGGAAUCGGGAGAUUAAUAUGGACGAAGGGGACCGUGUACGACGGACUAUGCAUAAAGGUGCGGAAGCCAUUAACUCGCUCACGGCUAACCUCGAUCGUAUGGAGGCUCGACGUGUAAAACGCGAGCUCGAGACGAGGUCCCCGACUGCUAGACACGCUACGACGCAUCUGCUGAGAGAACGACCUGCCACCCCACGUCCGUCACACGAGUCGAACCCGUCAUCGCGGGCUAUUCCUAGUCCACCCGAUAUUCGCCCCAACGUUCAGCAUGACGUUGGCGCGCAGGUUGACCCGGUGCAGAUGCCUAUUGCGGAGCCGGUUCCCAUACCAAUAGCAGCUCGACAGCCGCCACUCGGACUGCCAGGACUACCGCAUCCCCCGCCAACCGGGGACUAUCGCAUGGAGCGUAUCCACCCGUACACGAGCGCUCUUUGGAGAAAUGCCGGGUUCGUUCGGUAUUUCCCUAUGACUGGACAAACUGGCGCAGAGAACGCCAACGCUGCUCAGGAUCAUAGUACUACGGCGAGGACAGGAGGAGCCGCCCCGGCAGAUGAGCAAGGCUCGCGCCGAGGAGCAGAGCCCCCGCCCGCUCCAGUAAAUACACCAAUGGACCAAAUCCCAACUCAACGAAGUGGGAUUGGCCAUCUGGGUCCGGCAGAAUGGAUGCAAUGCAUCGGCGAUACGGGCAUGGUAUCGGACUGGCAAACAGAUCCUGUUAUUCAGCGAUCCAUUGGUAAACUAUUUGCUCCCCGUCAGCCGAAUGAAGAUCAGGCUACGUUUGAUGGUAGGGUGGCGGCCGUACAACGGCUGAUCAACCCUCCCAGUCAGCCAACACCCCGAAAUCGACAGCGUGACCAGAGCCAGCAUAGAGUGCGGCCCAAUGAAUUCACUGUCGAUUACGACGCUGCUCAGAAUGGACGGAACGUAGGAUCGAGCCCCGACCACAUUCGUCCCCUGAAGCUGGAGGGAGUAACUCCAGAAGUGCCCUCCUCGACUCAGGCCAGUGUCCACUCGACCUCCUCUCAGGACGUGAACAUUCGUCGAACCAUUGCGACGAGGGGCUACUCUAAUGAGCCUCAUGCCAUCGGGACUGUGGCCCACGGAAACGAGAUCGAUGGCAGUACCAUUCGCCUUGAUCAAACUAAUGACUACCGUACAUGCGUGCUGCGCGAGGUGCCAAUGGCGGCAAUCCAGGCGGCGACCCCUCCGACGAUGAUGACAAUCGUCGCGGACGAGGUAAUGAUGACCGUCGAGACCGUCCUCCUCACCUACCUCCAGACAAUGGCCGACAACCUACAAGUGGCUCUGGUGGUGACGGCGGAGGCGGAGGCGGGGGAGGAGGCGGGGGAGGAGGCGGAGGGGGCCCAGAAGACUCCUAUAACUCCGGUCGACGUCAACGACGAGUCGCUGUGGUAG